AUGGCAAGCUGGGGCUUCGGCAAUGCGUCUCUCAACGCGCCAGCGGCAGGGAGUGGCGAGCAGGCGGGACCUGAGAUUCAGCAGAUGGACACACCGCAGCUCAUGUUUGCAGAAGCUGCCGUACAGCCAGGUGACAGGGUGAAGCUGUUUGCACAGCCGUGGCCAGCAGACAGUCUACCGCGUCCUGGUGCAUCUCUACUGGCCAUCGCGUCGAGGAAGAAGCUUCUUGCCGCCGCUGGACCAGAUGGACUCCUCCUUACAGGCACAGCAGCGCUACGAUCACAAUACAUUCCACGACGGAGGAAAAAGGACGAAAGCAAAGGCAUCCCGGAGGACGAACAAGCGCUGAAGUCAUACACACCCGAAGUCAAACUGCAAGUUCCUCGACUGUCACAUGUGGCGUUCAGCUCCGACGAGAGCUGCCUUGUGAUUGUCGCUGAAGAGGGAGGUGGACUCGCGUGCUACGAUGUGAAUGCCGUGACAAAUGGGAGCCAGCAAUCCGCUUUCCAGAUUGGUACAAUGGGACAGAAUGUUCGACAGCUGCUUCCCAACCCAAAUCCAGACGCCAAAUUUACCGGCUUCGUCGGAAUCGUGCUCGAAAGCGGACAGCUGCUGCUGGCAGAUCUAGCAAGCAAGACGCUUUUAAAAGGUACCAGUGGGAGUGAAGUCUUUCAUGAAAACGUCAAAUGCGCCUCCUGGUCGAAGCUGGGCAAGCAGAUUGUGGCCGGGUUGGAAGACAGCUCAUGUGUACAGAUCGACUUCCAGGGUCAGGUCAAGGAUCGUAUUCCACAGCCACCUCAGCUUGCGACAUACAAGCAAACCGGAAAUGAUGGCUUCUACGCGCCCAACCUCGCCUUUCCCGCCAGCUCAAUCUACUGGUUGGAGACGCACAAAUUCCUCAUCGUCUACACACCUCAAGUGAAUCAGCCGGAGGAUCCAAUGCCAAACCACAGCUCUGUCUACUUCAUCGCACAGCGCGAAAAGGGACAGCCGUUCACCUUCCGUCAAUUGCAAGAUGACCCUUGUAUGGCGAGUAUGGAACCCAAGCGACUGCCUGCGGCCCACUUCAUUCAAAGAUUGAGUGAAUGGUCUCCAGCACUGCAGGACAUGCUCAUCAUGACAUCGUCUGCCACCGUGGACAUUGGUGUGCUCGCCGCCUUCAAGGAGCAAAACGGUGAAUUUGUCCUGGCUAACUUGAAUGAGWCGUGCAAGGCUGCACUGCCUAUGAGUUACGUCGACGGAGCAGAGGAGACCACCGCUGUGGGCAUGGCAAUGGAUUUCUCUGCGAUUGAAUGUGCGCCUCGCCCAAUUCCUGACGAGAGUGAUACGAUCGAGGACUCACCAUUCCCUCUCCCUGCGCUAUGUGUCUUGAACACCGACGGUGUGCUGCAGAUGUGGUGGACGGUCUACGCACCCAGCGUAAAGCAGACGGAACAUGGUGGGCCAUUCCCCUAUCCUGCUAUUGUGAACAAAGAGGCCCCUCAUAUCAAUUACACGCACUAUCAGCCGGAUGUUGUAAGGGAUGCAAGUGCGACGAUAUCCAUGGCCAACAGUUCAUUGCAUGCGUCGGAAGACCAAAGGGGAGACACGCCGGAAGAGAAGCAACAACGGGAGAGACUGCUGGCAGCUCAGUCGCCAUUUGGUCCAGGAGUCAGCAAAGUUCAGGAAACACCCGCAUCCACGACACCAUUUGGCGGCGCUUCGAGUAGGCCCGCAACCUCCACGGGCCCGUCAGUCUUUGGCGGCACUGUGAGCACCCCUCCGACUGGCUCGACAGCCUUCGGCACUGCCGCUGCCUUUGGUGGUGCUUCCCAGCUUGGGCAAAAACCCAGUCCAUGGGCAGGUGCUGCUACCGCGAAACCUGCCUUUGGUCAAUCUGCCUUUGGUCAGCAGCCUAGCUCUCCGGCGCCUGGAACUUCGAUGUUCGGUGCGACUCCUGCGCCAUCUGGAAAUUCGACAUUUGGCACACCGGUUGCACCGCCUACCAGUCUGUUUGGCUCAUCUCUCGGACAGACUGCAUCAACAUUCGGCAAGCCGUCAGCUAUCGGCAGCUCACCUGCAACUGCAGCCACGCCAGGAACCGCCUUCGGAAAGCCGUCGACUGUUGGAGGUGGGAGCGCGUUCGGACAGGUAGGAGGCAUGGGAGCGUCAAAGAGUAGCAUCUGGGGUACUGGAAGUGGCAACGGGCCGAAGAGUGGUGCUGAGUCGCCCUUUGCGUCGAGCAAGACUGGAAUUCAGUCCUCCGGAUUUACCGCCUUUGCGACAAAGCCGAGCCCCUUUGGUGCGGCUGGCAAUCAGACCGCCAGUCCAUUUGCAUCCACAAGUAAUGGAGACGGAAAGAGCGCAUUUGCGUCACUCGGACAGAGUGGCCAGCUCAGUGGGUUUGGAAAGCCAUCUGCGCCGACACUCACCAACGAGAAUUCUUUAGGAUCAACAGCUACCAUUGGCUCGACAUUUUCGAGCUUUGGAAAGGUUGACGCUGGGUCUGGAUCUUCGGCACUCUCGCGAGAGCCUACAGCGGGAAGUGCAGAAUCUGGAUUAUCGGGGUUCUCUGGAUUCAAGCUCGGUUCAGGAUUCAAAGGUGAUGGCUCUGCUAAGGAUGAUCUACCCAAGCCGAAGAAUCCGGGUGGAAGCCUAUUCGGCAGCAACUUCCUGGGCGGUACUGAAAACAAGAAACCUGAUGCACCAUCAGCUGUUGUCAAGGCAGAGCCUGGAACAGAAGAGGAGCCCUCGCUAAAGGACAUUCCCGAAGCGUCGUCGCAGGAAACGCAGGCCGUGCCCGAGGACGCGCCGCUACCGCCAGACCCCAGCGAUCACAAAUGGCCAGACAACCUGCCUAUGCCGCCAGGCUUUGGCGCAACUAAGCCCAAGGUGCCCGACGAUAUGCCACUGCCGCCAGACUUUGGGCCAACAAAAGCCAAAAAUGAGRUCGCCGACGAUGAUAGUCCCAUUGCUGGAAGCCCUCCCGUAGAUGUGACCAACAGCCAGACAUUCUCUUCAGGACGGCCUUCAGAAGGCCCUUCUGACGAUGGCAGUGGGUUUGGAAGUGAAGAUGAUGACGAUGAGGAGGAAGGAGAGGAAGGAAGUGAGGGCGAGGACGGAGGAAGCCAAGAUGAUGCGUCGCAAGAGGACUCGGAGGAAGGGYCGUGGGAGCCUGAAGAAGACGAGACUACUGAACCAGUGGAACCUUCCAGCAACCUCAAGAGCUUCAUGCACCGGGUGACGCCGCCCGCAAAGAAGGUUGAGAAGCCUACAGGUCUCGCCCGCGAAACGAGCUAUACGCCCGCUGGCCUUCCCAAAGGGCCUGUGUUUCCUCAACCGCAGAAUCGCCCUACACUCAGCCCUCGCUCACCAAGCCCGCACCGUGCUGUGACCUCCCCAGUCGCACGCUCGUCAAGCUUUCAACCUCUUCCCUCCCAGAUAAAGACAUCGUCAAUCCCUCCAGCCAAGCCAGUCGAGCGACCGGCGCCACUCCCCGAAAAACCUCGGGAGCCCACCGUCGGCGAGCUGGAAGAUCAGGCCGCUGAUCGUGUUAAGGACACUUUGAGCCAACCGCUUGUGCCUUCCAAGCAAUUGCCGGCAUUCUACACGCAUCAGGAUUAUGCUGGAACAGUGGACAAACCCGGUGUCGGUGGGCAAAUUGAGACAGUCUAUCGUGAUAUCAACUCUAUGAUUGACGUCCUUGGCUUGAAUGCGAGAAGUCUGGAAGAGUUCUUAGAAGGCCACGUGCAGCUUCGUAAGCCCGGCAAUCGUACUCGUGAAGACCUCGACGAGGAGGAUACAUGGUGCCUGGGCGAUGUGACCGAUAUCGGACGGAUCACAGAUGAGGUGUCUGCGCAGCUGACAGAAGGUCAGCUUGAAAAGGUUUCUGCUCUGCUCGCUGGGCUCGACGAGCAGCAAAGAGCCAUUUUGCAGCUCAAGACCAAAACCUCGGAAAUGCGGAAAUUCUUGAGCGCUCGUACUGAUCCGGGACAACUAGCUAUGCAGGCUGCAGCACCAUUGAGCGCGGAGUUGCAAGCGCAGCAAUCCGAGCUUCGACAAGGGGUUCAAGCGGUACAAAGUUUGCUCACUGAUGUUGAAAACAAAUUGGCUUUGCUGCGAGCCGACAUCGCAGCUGCUCAGACUCAAGAAGCACAGAAGGGUCCUGUACCAACAGUUGAGGCAGUCACCAAGACGAUCCUCAAAAUGACUGCAAUGGUCGAGCAGCGAAGUGGGGACGUGGAUCUGUUGGAGAGUCAAAUUAAGCGUCUGCCGGAUGGCAUUGCCUCUCUUCGACUUGGAGACGACUAUGAAGAUGAUCUUGUCAGCGCUCUGGGUGGUAGUAAGCUGCUGACGGGAUCUCCUUCUCGCAGCACACCACCUCGUGCACGCAUGGCUGCCAAUGGUGAUCCUCUGGGGAUGAGUGGGAUGUUUGGUACUUCCCAUUCUGGGGGAUUGAGAGGGAGUCGUUUCCAGACACCUCCCGGCAGUUUGCGGAGAUCUGUGGCGUUCACACCUGAGGCUAGUGCGUUUGGUAGAAGCACGGGUAGCAUGGGCGGGAGCGCGAGGAAGAAGAUGGUCGACGUUACGGUUGAGGAGAUUGAAGAGUUCCAGGCAAGGAAGGGUCGGAGGAGAACAGUGUUUGGGGAAUUGAAGAAGGCUGUCGAGAAGGGAAAGCCAAAGAUUACUACCAUUGACAGAUGA